CGUCACCGGACGUUCGUUUGGUAAAAAAAGCGUCACCGGACGUUCAUUUCGCAGAAAAAACAUUUCCGAAUACUCAAUUCGCGGAAAAAACGUCACCAGACGUUCAUUUCGCGGAAAAAGCGUCUCCAGAUGUUCAAUUCGCGGAAAAACAACACCAGACGUUCAAUUCGUGAAAAAAACGUCACCAGACGUUCAUUACGCGGAAAAAAUGUCACCAGACGUUCAAUUCGUGAAAAAAACGUCACCGAACGUUCAUUUCGCGGAAGAAAACAUCACUGGACGUUCAUUUCACGGAAAAAAACAUCACCGGACAUUCAUUUCGCGGAAAAAAACGUCACCGGACGUUCAUUUCGCGGAAAAAAACAUCACUGGACGUUCAUUUCGUGAAAAAAACAUCACCAGACGUUCAUUUCGCGGAAAAAAUGUCUCCGGACACUCAUUUCAGAAAACGUUA